GGGUGGUUCCGCUGAGGCGUGGUAGGAAGUGGCUGCCGUCAAUCAAGCGGGGAGACUCCAAACAGUGAGCCUAGAGCUGGAGAACAGCGUUAACCGGCGGGGCGGCCGGUUUUAUGAAUGAAGCUAUGGCUACAGAUUCCCCAAGAAGACCCAGUCGUUGUACUGGUGGAGUUGUGGUUCGUCCCCAGGCUGUCACAGAGCAGUCCUACAUGGAAAGUGUUGUGACUUUUCUGCAGGAUGUUGUGCCGCAGGCUUACAGUGGAACACCUCUAACAGAAGAAAAGGAGAAAAUAGUCUGGGUCAGAUUUGAAAAUGCAGAUUUAAAUGAUACAUCAAGAAAUCUGGAAUUUCAUGAAAUACAUAGCACUGGGAAUGAACCGCCUUUGCUGAUUAUGAUUGGCUACAGUGAUGGAAUGCAGGUCUGGAGUGUCCCUAUCAGUGGGGAAGCACAAGAGCUCUUCUCUGUUCGACAUGGCCCAAUUCGAGCGGCUAGAAUCUUGCCUGCUCCACAGUUUGGUGCUCAAAAAUGUGAUAACUUUGCUGAAAAAAGACCCCUCCUUGGUGUUUGUAAGAGCAUUGGAUCUUCUGGCACAAGCCCACCGUACUGUUGUGUGGAUCUGUAUUCACUUCGUACUGGGGAGAUGGUCAAGUCCAUUCAAUUUAAGACCCCUAUUUAUGAUCUCCAUUGCAAUAAACGGAUCCUUGUUGUAGUCUUGCAGGAGAAAAUUGCUGCCUUUGAUAGCUGUACUUUCACGAAGAAAUUCUUUGUUACAAGCUGCUAUCCAUGUCCAGGGCCAAACAUGAAUCCUAUUGCUCUUGGGAGCCGCUGGCUUGCUUAUGCAGAAAACAAGUUGAUUCGAUGUCAUCAGUCCCGUGGUGGAGCCUGUGGAGACAACAUUCAGUCUUAUACUGCCACAGUCAUUAGUGCUGCUAAAACACUGAAAAGUGGCCUGACAAUGGUGGGGAAAGUGGUGACUCAGCUGACAGGCACGCUACCUUCAGGUGUGACAGAAGAUGACGUUGCCAUCCACAGUAAUUCGCGGCGGAGUCCUUUGGUCCCAGGCAUCAUCACAGUUAUUGACACCGAAACUGUUGGAGAGGGCCAGGUGCUUGUGAGUGAGGAUUCUGACAGUGAUGGCAUUGUGGCCCACUUCCCUGCCCAUGAGAAGCCAGUGUGCUGCAUGGCUUUUAAUACAAGUGGAAUGCUUCUAGUCACAACAGACACCCUUGGCCAUGACUUUCAUGUCUUCCAAAUUCUGACUCAUCCUUGGUCCUCAUCACAAUGUGCUGUCCACCAUCUGUAUACUCUUCACAGGGGAGAAACUGAAGCCAAAGUACAAGACAUCUGCUUCAGCCAUGACUGUCGCUGGGUUGUGGUCAGUACUCUCCGGGGUACUUCCCACGUUUUCCCCAUCAACCCUUAUGGUGGCCAGCCUUGUGUUCGUACACAUAUGUCACCACGAGUAGUGAAUCGCAUGAGCCGUUUCCAGAAAAGUGCUGGACUGGAAGAGAUUGAACAAGAACUGACGUCUAAGCAAGGAGGUCGCUGUAGCCCUGUUCCAGGUCUAUCAAGCAGCCCUUCUGGGUCACCCUUGCAUGGAAAACUGAACAGCCAAGACUCCUAUAACAAUUUUACCAACAACAACCCUGGCAACCCUCGACUGUCUCCUCUCCCCAGCUUGAUGGUAGUGAUGCCUCUUGCACAAAUCAAGCAGCCAAUGACAUUGGGGACCAUCACCAAACGAACAGGGCCUUAUCUCUUUGGAGCGGGGUGUUUUUCCAUAAAAGCUCCAUGCAAAGUUAAACCUCCUCCACAAAUUUCACCCAGCAAAUCGAUGGGCGGAGAAUUUUGUGUGGCUGCUAUCUUCGGAACAUCCAGGUCAUGGUUUGCAAAUAAUGCAGGUCUGAAAAGAGAAAAAGAUCAGUCCAAACAAGUUGUAGUUGAGUCCCUGUACAUUAUCAGUUGCUAUGGCACCUUAGUGGAGCAUAUGAUGGAGCCGCGGCCCCUCAGCACUGCCCCCAAGAUUAGUGAUGACACGCCACUGGAAAUGAUGACAUCGCCUCGAGCCAGCUGGACUCUGGUUAGAACCCCUCAAUGGAAUGAAUUGCAGCCACCAUUUAAUGCAAACCAUCCUCUGCUCCUCGCUGCAGAUGCAGUACAGUAUUAUCAGUUCCUGCUUGCUGGCCAUCAUUCGUCAUUGGUUCAUACAGGUCUCUGCAGCAUCCAUUGUUGUUUCUCAUCCAGCUCCUGUCAGUUCUCUGGACUAUUGGUUCCCCCUGGAAGUCCUGGGCCCAUUACUCGACAUGGGUCUUAUGACAGUUUAGCUUCUGACCACAGUGGACAGGAAGAUGAAGAAUGGCUUUCCCAGGUUGAAAUUGUAACACACACUGGACCCCACAGACGUCUGUGGAUGGGUCCACAGUUCCAGUUCAAAACCAUCCAUCCCUCAGGCCAAACCACAGUCAUCUCAUCCAGUUCAUCUGUGUUGCAGUCUCAUGGUCCGAGCGACACGCCGCAGCCUCUUUUGGAUUUUGAUACAGAUGAUCUUGAUCUCAACAGUCUCAGGAUCCAGCCAGUCCGCUCUGACCCAGUCAGCAUGCCAGGGUCAUCCCGUCCAGUCUCUGAUCGAAGGGGAGUUUCCACAGUGAUUGAUGCUGCCUCAGGGGUGUUGUGAGGAUUAAGAGAGCAAAUGGCUGCGAAAGCACCUUGUGAAGGGUAGAGCAGUGUGCGGCAUGAGGGAUUAUUAUCAUUGUUAAGACGACUACGCCUCGUUGCUCACCCUAUGUGUUCCUGCAGCUUCUCAACUUUUCCCUCCUUUCUCCCUGGUUUCCACGCCUGGGCUGCUGAGUCAGGGGGACCAGCCAAGGCUGGCCAAAGCUGAACAAAUACUCUGACAUGUCGAGGCAGGAAAUGACAGUUCCCAGGCAGCCCCGUUUCAGGUGUGGAACAGGCUCCGAACACACCUUGUGUGAUAAAUUCUAGUGAUACCAAGCUGAGCUCUACCCCCACCCCCAAAGGCUGCAAGACCAGGACCUGAGGCUGAAAGUCAGAGGAGUCCCUGUGAGAUGAGGGCCCUGAGCAAGCACUGGCCAGAUUGUAGCAAGGUCACUCACCAGGCACCCCGCUGGUUCCACUUCCGCACCCACCUCUGGCAGCCAUGAUGCUUCUGCAGCGUGCCAGUUUGUUCACUGAGACCGUCACAGAGGGUCGCACAACCACCCUGGACGGUGAGAAACUAACGUGACUGAGGCAAGUCACUGAACUACCCUGAGCCUCGGCUUCCUUAUCUAUGAAAUGGAGUUGACAGCAUGUGUCCUGCCUGUGGUAAAAAUUGCUGUGAUCCCACAAGCAAAAGGAAAGAAAGAAUUAUGAGAAAAUAUGCACUUAUUCUGUGAAAAUAUGUGAGAUAUUCAUGAGAGACUUCCUGUUCCAGUGGACUCUUCCAUCGCCCUUGAGUGGGGAACAUCCAGGCUUCACACCCGUGCUCAGCCCAUCAGCCCUUUAUGCAAGGCCCUCUGCCCACCUGAAGCCUCAAGGCCUCAUGGAGACCAUCCCCAGCCACUCCAGCGAGUGACCCCUCCAUUGUCCAAAACAGUGCUGCUGCUUAGCCUGCUCUUCUCAGGCCGAGUCUUUGUUGAACAGCUUCUGUGUAAGGGCAGGGAAAGUCGGGAUUCUGUAAUAUACUUUGCCCCCAGUCAGAAUGGCAGGCCAGGCCCAGAUCUUCAUCCCAAGGCCCCUGCACCUGAAAAGCUGGUACAGGUUUGUCCUUUGGAGUGAGCUGUUGGGUUUAGGUGGUCGAGAGAGGUGGAAGGUUGACCACACACUCCAAAUACACGUUUAUUGCCCAAGCUGGGAACACCAUUUUAAAGCCCACAUGGUUAGGAGACUACCAAAAUAACAAAGCUAAAAAUGGGUCAGGCAUCAAACUAGUCAACUCCAGUACCAGCAGGCACAUCCAGGACCCUCCCCUUCAGGGCAGGUGGACUCCUCCUUUCCUUUCCCCACAGCUACUUUCUAGGGCCUUAGAGGA